AGACGUUGCCCUAGAAGCCAAGUGAUUGUUUUGUAUCGUAUAUCAUGGGUCAUCGUUUUACCGCAAGGUCUUUAGUUAUUCGGGAUUUAAAGAAAAAGUAAUUAAAUUCUUUAAUAAGCAAAACCCUAGCCAGUUGCUAUAGUUGAGACCCAGGGGAGGAGGUGAGGUUUAUAUAUUACUUAAGGAUCAGGGAUACAUGCAUGUAGUAAAGCCUUCCCCUUCGCUCAUAGCUUUGAAGCCUCGCCAAGUUGUACUUCUUUCCAACCCGACCAUGAAAAUGGAGGCUUCUGCUCCGUCCUUGACUCCCCACCAGAACUCUCUCCUCCUCCUCUCCAUUGCCCGCUUUCUUCAACGCAAUUCCUUCUCUAAGACCCUCAAGAAGUUUCUCUCCGAAGCCCAAAUCCAGAAAGAUGUUUUGGCAGGUUCUUCUCUAGAUUUGGAAGAAAUGUGCUGCAAGUAUCUGGCGAAGAGUGAUGGACAAGACUGCAUUGCUUCUACAGUUGAAGUUGCUCCCAAGAAAAAGAAGAAAAGAGGCAAUGAGAGUAGUAUGGACAUUAUAGGUGGUCAAUCUGAAGUUGACGAUAAAUCUGUCAACUCUAAGAAAUUUGAGGAGCAAGUUUUCAAGGAUGCCGCUAAGGAAUCUGCUACUGAUAAAACAAAGGAUAAGAAAAAAAAGAAAAGCAAGUCAACUUCUGAUUCUUUAAUUGAAAGUGUUGGACAGCAUGGUUCAGAGGACACGCAACAUGCUGCAGUUACUUUGAAUGCUAGUGACAUAUCAGUGGAAGACAAGACUUCCAAAUCUAAAAAGAAGAAAAAGAAGGAUGAUUCUGAAGAUGUAGAGAAAGAAAAAUCCACAGAGGAAAAUAAGAUCUCGAAGGUGGAUUCAACGAUCACAGAUGAUAAAGGUUCCAAGAAAAGGAAAAGGGUGGAUUCUGAAGUACAUAAUUCUCAGCCUGUUGAUAAAAAUGCUACUGAAGACUCUAAACGGAGAAAGACAGCAGGUUCAGAAGAGCAAUUAAAUUCACUAGUGGGAGCUGAUAAAAAUGUCGGUAAAGAAAAUAAAGGAGAAAGUGGAGAGACUGAUGUUGAUGUUCUUCCCAAGAAGCCUGCUAAACAGUUUCAUGAGCAGGAAAAUGGGAACAUUGAGAAAAAUGGAAAGCAUUCUGAGCAAAAGAGCUCAAAGAAGCAGCAAAAUGGUUCAGUUCAGCCAAAGAAACCAUUUCAAAGAGUGAAUGUGGAUGAGGUAGAAUUUGUUGAUAGCAGGCUUGAAGAUAAUUCAUACUGGGCAAAGGAUGGUGCUGAAACUGGAUAUGGUGCAAAAGCACAAGAAGUUCUAGGUCAAGUAAGAGGAAGGGGUUUCCGGCACGAGAAGACCAAGAAGAAACGUGGAUCAUACAGGGGAGGGCAGAUUGAUCUGCAGUCGCACUCUAUAAAAUUCAAUUAUUCUGAUGAGGAGUAAAUGUUGACUUUCUAGUUGGAUGAUGAGCACUGCUGUACCGUCUAACCCUUUCCAUUCAUUUGAGUAUAUUAAGUGGAACUCAAUGAUAAUAUGCUUGUGUUCAUCCAUAGAGUCAUCUGUGUUGGUUUUGUUAGGGUCAAUCAGUUUCAUGCGUCAUCUCUAGUUAAUUGAAAUUAUAUUUAUGUUUUGGUGUGUCUAGUUCAGAAACAUUUGACAUAUGCUUCUCUUAAAGGCAAUUUGCUGUUUUGUGUUGUUUUCUGGUGCAAAUUUGGAAUGAAAUGAAGAUACAUGGUGCACUGUA